AUGGACGAUACCCAGUACCCCAUUGUUCGAGGGGCAGUUCAACUCCCAGCGGGAUCGGAGAUCAUCACGGACGUCGAUGAAGAGAUCUUCAUCUUAUAUUCCAACCUGCAGUCUGCUGGUAGCGACACUGAAUCGUCUGGUUUUCGUGGCCUAGGACAAUUCGACUCUCGCAAAGAUGUUUUAGACAUCAUCUUCGACUUGAAGGGCAUAUCAGAUUCCAAGUCCAAGGACAGCCGUAAAGGAAAAAAGUCGAAGGCGCAGAGAACACAUGAAAGUGAUAAUGCGAAUGACAAGACUAUUCAAAUUGAACUUUACCAAGACAAGACGGCUCUGCGGACGCGUAAAGGUGACACUGGCAGCGUCAUUUGGAAAGCCAGUAUUGACUUUGCUCAAUACGUGCUCCAACAAAAUUACACCAACUCAACGAAUGGUCUCUUUCAUCAUGAAAGGCUACGCAAUCAGCAUGUUCUAGAACUUGGAGCUGGAACUGGUCUACUCAGCAUGGUGCUCUCUCCCCUUGUGCGGCGCUACACUGCGACCGACAUUGGCCCAUUGAUGCCUCUUAUUCAGAAGAAUGUUUCCCUGAACUUUGCUGGCUGGCCGAAGUUACCCUCUGGUUCUCCAGGAUCAAAUAUCUCAGUCGAGGAACUCGAUUGGCAGCUCCUUCAGUCAUCCACUGCCCCUCGACGAGCAAAACUCUAUACUCUAGAUCCAAUCGAUCUUCUCUUACUUGUGGACUGCAUUUACCAUCCAUCUCUCAUCCCCCCUCUCGUAGCAACUAUCAAUCACCUCGCCAUCCCGCAGCGGACUACUGUGUUGAUCGUCUCAGAACUUCGUUCGCACGACGUAAUGCGGGAAUUUUUGGAUACCUGGUUGGCCCAACCGAACUGGGAAAUCUGGCAUAUUGGAUAUAAUCUUCUUCGAAGCCAGCAUUACGUUAUGUGGCUGGGCCAGAAAAUGCAACUUCCCAGCACUUCGGGGUGA